AUGAAUUUGUUAGUAUUUAGGACUAUGAGGAAAGUGCAGAACUUCCAAGCUCGACUAGAUGAGGCGACAAGCACAAAGAAUCCCCUGGAGCGUAAUCAAAGGCUCUCUGCUCAGAAUGGAGCUAUGCUUUCAAUUCUUCCCCAUCAUCCGAAAUCUCUUGCUUUAGCAAAUGAGAACAAAGAAGAGCCUGAAGAGUUUGAACAAGUGAUAGACAGGUUUCGCUGUGACCUGCUCACUGCUAUGCGAGGUCAAAAUCGACUAAUAAAACAUGAAUUAUGCAAUUCUUUGAAGUUACUAGAGAGUAUAGUCCGGGUCAUAGGGGUGUCUAAUGUUUACUAUCGAUUGUUAAUGGCGAUAAAUAUAUUCAAGAAUGUGAAAGGUGCUAUUUCUGACACUGAGCGUGAACAGGCAAAGGCUGGAUUGUUCUCAUCGCCUGACGAUUAUGUCGAGGAGACCGCGAAACUUAUAGCUGAAGUUGUUGCCGAAAUUCGCUCCCUUGUUGGUAUGAAACAGUUGCAUGAAGCUAUAGCUACUUCAUGGAAUCUAGUUCGAUCAAACCCUGGAAAAGUUGACGACAUUGUUGUUGUUGGAAAUGACUGUGUGUUGACUGGAACUGGUCCAUCAGAUGUGGUCUCGAAUGUUGUCACUUCUUCCUUAUCUGCACUAGAAAUGGCAUCAACAUCGCUGCCAAAGAAGGAAGCAACCACUAUGACUUAUAUACCAACAGAGAUGCACUGGGUUAAUCCUGAGUUGGAGCUUCACUCUUGUUCCACUUCCAGUGUUACAGUUCACCCUUCUAAUACGACGAAUCACGAUAUAUUUGAAAACAAUGUUGACCAGCCUACGUCUUCAUCUCGUUCCACAGAGUUAAACUGUGCUAAUCUGAUGGAUUCAUUGUCCAUGUUUUUCCCGGAGAAUCAUGAAACCAUUACAAAACAUUUGUUUGAAUUGCUUCGUUCGGAUAAAUCAAACAACGAAUUGCAAGGAGAGCUCAUUGACCUUCUGGGGUUCGAGCAAUUCGAGAUGGUUGGUAAAGUCUUGGAUGCACGCUAUCAGCUAGUAGAUGAAUUGAAGAGUGCCCGACAGGACGCGGCAAAUUUGUCGAAGUAUAUGCCAGAAAAGGAAGGAGGUAAGAAUAUUUAUUGA